AUGUUCACCAAACAAACUCUUCUCGCGUUCAUCGGGGCACUGGCCCUGGCCGCGGCCAAGACGACCACUGAAAAGACCCCAACUCAGGCCGAGAUUGAUGCAGCCCGUGCGACGGUCCUGCCUUACUCUCCGGUAUCAAAUGUAAAAGGCUUGGUUUUUGAUCGCUUCGUCAACAUCUGGCUGGAGAACACAGACUUUGAAACCGCAGCUUUAGACGAGAACCUGUCCAAGCUGGCUAAGGAGGGUAUUCUCCUGACGAACUACUUUGCCAUCACUCACCCCUCGGAGCCCAACUACUGUGCUUCCGCCGGGGGUGACACUUUCGGCAUGGACAGUGACGACUUCCUGCAGAUCCCCGCCAAUGUCUCAACUAUUGCCGAUCUGUUUGACAUCAAGCACAUCGCUUGGGGCGAGUACCAAGAGGACAUGCUCCUUCCCCAGCACAUGUUCAUUACACCGAAUAUGACUAACGACUCUCACGACACCAACGUCACUGUGGCCGGCGACUGGGUUGCUCGCUUCCUCCCUCCCCUGCUGAAAAACGAGCACUUCAACAGGGAUAGCCUGGUGCUACUUACAUUUGAUGAGACGGGCAACUACUCCCACCCUAACCGGAUCUUCAGCUUCCUGGUGGGAGGUGCUAUCCCGGAGCACCUGAAGGGCACCACCGACGACACCUUCUACACACACUACUCAAUCAUCGCCUCCCUAUCCGCCAACUGGGGUCUGCCCUCGCUUGGCCGCUGGGAUUGUGGUGCCAACCUGCUGGAGAUGGUCGCUGAGAAGACCGGUUAUGUCAACUGGAAAGUUGAUGCUAGCAAUGCCUAUGUCAACCAGACUUACCCUGGCCCUCUGUCUACCAAGAACUAUUCCUCCAAGUGGGCUGUUCCUGCCAUCAAGGGCAAGUGCUCUGCUGGCCAUGGUAUUGCUCAAGUUGUGAAGCAGACCUACCACGGUCUCCAGCCUACCUACGACUACACCAGCCCUGUGCCCUAUGAUGCGACCAGUGGAAACAACAUCGGUAUCAAGUACCACCGUACUCUGAAGCACGGUAAGACGGAGACUGGUGUCACUGGGCAAACCAGCGAUUCUCAAAUGCCCAUAUGA